AUGCGAGAUCAAGAAAAAGUCGGGAAGCCAGAAGAAAAAGACUUGUCCUAUGGAGGGGGUGACUUGAAGAAGCGGUUUGAAGAGUUUGGAAACAAGGUCAGGAAACAAUAUACCAAUAAUUUGUCAAUUAAGUCGAGAAGCCGCAGUAAUGUAGACGCCCAAUUCAAUUCCCAAGUGGAAAUCAAUGCUUCAGAGGACAAUAAAUCCAAUCCCAUUAUCAUUAGCCAGAAGUUUAUAGAUAUAAUGUACUAUGGCUCGCCCGAGGACCGGAUGAAGGGUGUCAAGUUCAUCAGGAAGCUUCUUUCUUCGCCACAGCCUCCCAUCGACGAUGUGCUGCAGGCCGGCCUACUCCCCAUUUUGGUCCACUUGAUGAAAUGCAAAUCCGACUUGAUGCAGUACGAGGCCGCUUGGUCACUGACUAACAUACUCUCGGGAUCCUCCGUCCACGUCAGGUACGUGAUAGAGGCGGGAGCUGUACCCUGCUUCAUCCGACUUCUCUCAUCGAGCAGCGAGGACGUCCAAGAGCAAUGUGCCUGGGCGAUUGGCAACAUCGCCGGGGAUAUGGAUGACUUCAGGAUUUACGUUCUGGAGUUGGGCGCCAUGUACAGCCUCCUACAGAUGAUGGAAAGCACCGCCUCUUUGAAGCUCUUGCAGACUGGUGCAUGGGCCGUCUGUAACAUCUGCAUCAACAACAAAGAUUUCAAGAGUAUUUCGAUAGCGAUCCCGGUCUUAGGCCGAUUUCUCAGCCAUGAUGAUGUUGACUUCAUCUACAAUUGCACCUUGGCACUUGUGCAUUUGUCUGAUGGCGAGGAACGAAUUGGGCAAAUCAUUAAAAACAGAAUUGUUCCAUCUGUUAUCAAGCUUCUAGCAAAUGAAAAGGAUUGCAUUUUGCCCCAUUUGCUUAAAAUUCUCGUCAAUGUUUCCUUAGGCAAAGAAUGUGAUCUCAAUAGUUUGAUGGAGUGUGACGUCCUUCAUGCCCUAAUGCGAUUCCUAGACUCCCCAAAAGAAUCAUAUAGAUUCAAGUCUGCCAGUAUCGUUGCCAAUAUGGCCUUAGGGAACUGUCAACACAUUUCUUACAUCAUAAAUGACAAAUUGACCAUUUCAAAAAUACUGUCUUCUAUAGGUAAGGAUACUGAUAGGGUUUGUAAACAAGCUGUGUAUACUCUUAGAAAUAUAUCUAAGCGUGGGAAUCUAGAACAAGUACUUCGAUUAACUGAAAAGUGUGUUAUCAACAAACUGUGUUAUGUACUCACUUCUUCAAAUGCUUCAAUAGUUUUUGCGGCUUUGCUUUGCCUUGAAAAAUUGCUAUCCUUAAGGGAACAAAAGGUGGAAAAAGAAGGAGCAUACAAUGAAGUAGCCCUUACGAUAGAAGAAUGUGGUGGCUUGGAAAAAAUAGAAGAACUUCAGUCCCAUGGCAACCAUGAAAUUUAUCAUAAAGCCUAUGAAAUAAUGGAACAGUAUUUUUCCACAGAAGAAUUAAGUUUUACAGAGAGACCUAAGUUUUAA